AUAUUUGUCAUAUCUUUCUCAAAGAUAAAAAUUUACUGAGUAUCUCUACUUUCAAUUCGAGAUCAGGAACUCGGGACAUGUCUAAACUUUCUAGUUUUACAGAAGGCUUUUAUCCACAAGAAUCGAGAUCAUCCCUUUCUGAGCAGGAAUCCUUUGUGGAUUGAAGACUUUAGAUUCUUCUCUGAGGUAGAAUUAUAUGAUGGGGUGGAUUCGUGGUCGGAGGCCUCGUCACAGCUUGGAGAUGAGUGAAUUUCAUAAUUAUAACUUGGAGCUAACAAAAAGUGAUUUUUCAACACGACGGCAAAAGCAAAGAUGUCCAGUAAUCAAAAGCAAAUGUAGAGAAAACUCAUCUACACUUUUUUUCUGCUGUUUCAUUGCUGUAGCUAUGGGAAUCCGUUUCAUUGUUAUGGUAACAAUAUGGACUGCCGUAUUCCUAAAUUCAUUAUUCAACCAAGAAGUUCAAGUUCCCUUGACCGAAAGUUACUGUGGCCCAUGUCCUAAAAACUGGAUAUGUUAUAGAAAUAACUGCUACCAAUUUUUUAAUGAGAAUAAAAACUGGUAUGAGAGCCAGGCUUCUUGUAUGUCUCAAAAUGCCAGCCUUCUGAAAGUAUACAGCAAAGCGGAACAGGACUUUCUUAAACUGGUGAAGUCAUAUCACUGGAUGGGACUAGUAUACAUUCCAACAAAUGGAUCUUGGCAGUGGGAAGAUGGCACCAUUCUCUCACCCAACCUAUUAACAAUAAUUGAAAUGCAGAAGGGAGACUGUGCAGUCUAUGCCUCAAGCUUUAAAGGCUACACAGAAAACUGUUCAAGUCCAAAUACCUACAUCUGCAUGCAGAAGACUGUGUAGGGAUGAUCAAUCAUCUCAGUAAAAGCCAGGAACAAUGAAGGGAUUAUACCGGUGGAAACACUGCCAACUGAGACUAAAGGAAACGAAGAAAACAGGACAAAAUGACAAAAGACUGUCAGACUUCUUAGACUCCACCGGACCAGACCAUAGACCAAUUCCAAUGCAAACGUGCAUGAUUCUCCAAGACAAAAGAGUAAAGAUCCCCAAGGCAAUUCCUC